GCCCAGACCGCGUCCUGUCCCCGAGGCGCGCUGGGGAGCCCUGAGAGCUGGCGGAGAACGUCCGGGAGGGGGACCCGGGAGCCACUGCGCCGGGCGCAGGCCCUGUGCUGAGCUCUGAUGAUGGGAAAAAAGGCAAAACCAGUCCCAAUCCUCAAGAUUUCAAAGAGACCCCUGUGGAAUUACUGAAUCUACAAACCAUUUCUCUGACACAUAAUAGUGACAUCAUCCUUGGAGAACAAUAUCUACAGAGAGGUGUGAAUGGAAAGACUAAUGUGUGACCAGCUGCCCAUAUCCUGGUACCUCCAUAAGGAAUAUUAGCUGCUUAAUUUUUGUUUGUGAAUUCUUCAACAUCCUCUGCUGAAACACCUUCCAGAAACACAAGUGUUCACCAUCUUCUAAAUCCGUAUUCUCCGGUUCUGAUUCGCUCCCCCAUCUCCCCCAGGGAGCUAUUCUGAAAUAACCUGGAGUAUGGCCCACUGUCACAUCAGCAGAGAUUGAUGUUUGCCCAAUUGGUGAUUUGAUGACUGGUGCCCAUGAGUAUCAUCAUUAUUUGUGUACCAGCUUCCCUCCCUCCAUUAAAUUUGAAAGAAGGGUCACUGUUGCAUUUGUUUCUUGUAUCCACUGGCAUCUGAACCUCUGUAGGUUUAUGAGGUUGGGACUUUUCAGUGCAUCAAGGCAGCAUGUUGCCCCUCGGUCCUGGGUUAGCGGUAGCUUGUCUUCAGAUCUUCAUCUUCUCUGAAAACUGGGCUUUGGCCAAGAACAUCAACUUCUACAGUGUGAGACCCCCUCUUGAUCCCACACCGUUUCCAAACAGCUUCAAAUGUUUUACCUGUGAAAAUGCCGGGGAUAAUUAUAACUGUAACAGAUGGGCAGAAGAUAAAUGGUGUCCACAAAAUACACAGUACUGUUUAACGGUUCAUCACUUCACCAGCCAUGGAAGGAGUACAUCUGUUACCAAAAAAUGUGCUUCAAAGAGCGAAUGCCAUUUUGUUGGCUGUCACCACCACCAAGAUGGAGGACAAACAGAAUGCAGAUCAUGCUGUGAAGGGAUGAUUUGCAAUGUGGAAGUCCCUACAAAUCAUACAAAUGCAGUGUUUGCUGUAAUACAGGCUCGGCGGUCAUCAGGCUCCAUCCCUCGGACAUUCAGUUUACCAGUGCUCACUUGUGUUUUCACAGUUCAAUUGUUAUGAUGUCACUGUUCCCAGGAGAAUUAGAGAUAAUCUCUCCAAGCUCAAGCUUGAAACUGUGAGCAAUGAACUUUCUGGUUGGAGAUGAACUUUACACAUCAUGAAGAAUUCCAUAAACACGUUAGACCACAACACAGAGGUGUGUGUGUGUGUGUGUGGUAUAUGGAGCCAAUUAUUUGCCAAGCUAAUGUGUCCCAUGAAAGGGCCUGCAGUAUUGAGAAUCCAUGAGUGAGGCAAGGAUGGAGAACCCAGAGGCAAGACCCGGAGGGGCUGAUCUACCAUUUUCCUUACCACUACUGGUCACAUUACUCAGAACUAGAGGAUUCUAAAGGGUUCUAGCUUUUUAAAAUGGGAAUAGGAAUGGAGGCAGAAGAAAAAAUUCCUCUGGGCCAGGCCCUUCAAAAGAAGGCCAUGUGGCCUUCCUUCAUGACAUGGACGUGACUGAGUCAGACCUUCUCAACCAUUCUGACUUGCUAAAAAUUCAGUUCUUAAAAAAGUAUCCAUUUCCUCAGGUGAGAAAGUAAUAUUCUCAUCAAAGGGGAAUGGUAAGGAAAAAGGAGGAAAGCAUUCCAGUUUAACCGUUCUGAAGUCUGGUCACUAAGUGUGAGAAGAAUAAAAGCUUUUAAG